CUGCUGGGUCUCCGCAGCGUGUGUGAGAGGCCUUCCGGUUCCUCUUGCAGAUCAGCUGACUGGUUCUGCUGUCAGCAGCCUUACGAACUGCACUGAAUGGCAACUAUGAACGCCGUCAAGCCAUAGAAACACUAUAAGAACAUUUAUUUUCACUAAGAAGUGCAACGUUUUUAAUACCCGUUUUCUCUAGCUGCACCAGUGUUGGAAACAUGACAGAGUUUUGGUUGAUCUCUGCACCGGGAGAUAAGACCUGCCAGCAAACAUGGGACAAAAUGAUGGCAGCCACCACACGUACCAACAACCUCUCCACCAACCACAAGUUCAGCAUCCCAGACCUCAAGGUUGGGACAUUAGAUGUCUUGGUCGGGCUGUCAGAUGAACUGGCCAAAUUAGAUUCCUUUGUUGAAAGUGUGGUGAAGAAGGUGGCCCAGUACAUGGCUGACGUGCUGGAGGACAGUCGGGACAAAGUGCAGGAGAACCUACUGGCCAACGGAGUCGAUCUUGUCACCUACAUUACAAGAUUUCAGUGGGACAUGGCAAAGUAUCCCAUAAAACAGUCACUUAAAAACAUCUCUGAAAUCAUCUCAAAGCAAGUAACUCAGAUUGAUAAUGACUUGAAGACCAGAGCAUCAGCAUAUAAUAACCUGAAGGGAAACUUGCAGAACUUAGAAAGGAAGAAUGCGGGGAGCCUGCUCACCAGGAGCCUGGCUGAUAUUGUCAAGAAGGAAGAUUUUGUACUCGAUUCAGAGUACCUCAUCACUUUGCUGGUAGUUGUACCAAAGACAGGAUACACUGACUGGCAGAAAGCGUAUGAAACGCUCGCUGAGAUGGUGGUUCCACGAUCCUCACAUCUGCUAUUUGAGGACAGUGACAGUGGGCUUUUCAGUGUCACUCUGUUCAGGAAAGCCACUGAUGACUUCAAACACAAAGCUAGAGAGAACAAGUUCACAGUGAGAGACUUUCAGUACAAUGAGGAGGAGAUGAAGGCAGAUAAAGAGGAGAUGACACGGCUCUCCACAGAUAAGAAGAAGCAGUUUGGCCCACUUGUCCGGUGGCUGAAAGUGAACUUCAGCGAAGCCUUCAUUGCAUGGAUUCACAUUAAAGCACUAAGGGUCUUUGUCGAAUCUGUUUUAAGAUACGGGCUGCCGGUGAAUUUUCAGGCCAUGCUCCUGCAGCCAAACAAGAAGACCAUGAAGAAGCUGAGGGAGGUGCUCAAUGACUUGUACAAACAUCUGGACAGCAGUGCGGCAGCUAUCAUUGAUUCUGCGAUGGACAUCCCAGGCCUGAACCUGAGCCAGCAGGAGUAUUACCCUUAUGUCUACUACAAGAUCGACUGCAACCUGCUGGAUUUCAAAGUUUAACACGCUGCCUGAUUGUUUAUCUUUUCUGGGUGUUGAUUAAGUUAUGUUUUUUUCCUCUGGUCACCCCCAAACCCCACCCACCCCACCCACGCUCUCUCCUCGCCAUCUCCCCUCCCUCGUCAGCUGCUUGAAUGCAUGUUCAUUCC